UAAACCGACCGCCAACUUACCCACUACUGUACUGUACUGUAGUUGCACGACCUGUGUAUAAGGCCGUGGUUAGACUCUUCGACCAAGUAUUUAUUCAAUUUUAUUCGUAGAGUUAAGUUAGUAUUGUGCUCUGUGUUAUAUACGACUCUUUGGUUGUAUACUCUUUGGCUCUGUGGAGUUAAGGACAGGACUAACGACAGGAGUUAAGUUAUUUUACUCUUUGGUAAUAAAUGACACAUGACUUUAGGUUAGGUUUUUAUUUAUGUUGUGGAAAAACAAUGUGAUUUUGGCAUGUUGUUUUAAAAAUAAAAGUAUUUUUUAGUUUUGCCAUUAAGCAAAGAAUUGAACAGAAUUCUUAAUCAGUGUUAUAUAAUUAAUAUUAAUAAUGGAUUCCAAAUAUGCUAGUGUCGGUAAAGAAAAAGAAAACAAAAAUUCUUUUGAUAAUAUAAAAGUUAAAAAAAUAAAAUUGUGUUCAGAUAAUAAUUUAAAACAAACUAAGGAUAAUUUAAAAGUAUGUGAAACAAAUGGAGUUAAACAGAAUAGCCUCCCGAAAAGCAAUUCGUCGUAUGAUAUAUCAGAGGAUAUACAUGAAGUGCGAAAAACUUUACCUGUUUACGUCGUUAGAGGAAGAUUAAUAGAAGAAAUUAAGAAACACAAUACAAUGAUAAUAAUUGGUGAAACGGGAAGCGGUAAGACAACACAAAUACCUCAAAUUAUUUAUGAACAUCAACAAGGCAGUAAGUCUAUUAUUGCUGUAACACAACCAAGAAGAGUAGCUGCCAUUACAUUAGCUAUGCGUGUCGCUGCUGAAAUGAGGACUGAGAUAGGAACUACUGUUGGAUAUUGUGUUAGAUUUGAAGACGUCACAAGUUCUAGAACAAAAGUGAAAUAUUUAACAGAUGGCAUGCUACUUAGAGAGGCAGUUGCAGAUCCUUUAUUGAAGAAGUAUUCUAUUAUCAUUUUAGAUGAAGCACACGAGCGUACUGUCAAUACAGAUAUACUUUUUGGUAUCGUAAAAUUAGCCCAGAAGGAAAGAAAUAAUCAAAAAGUUAAUCCUUUGAAGGUGAUUAUUAUGUCAGCGACAAUGGAUGUUGAUCGAUUUAGAAAUUUCUAUGAAAAUUGUCCUGUCAUAUAUUUGGAGGGACGGACUUAUCCAGUUACCAUUUACCAUUCUAAGACGAAACACGAAGAUUACCAAUAUGCUGCUGUGUGUACAAUAUUCCAAUUACAUGCAACUACACCAGCCAAUCAUGAUUUCCUGGUAUUUUUAACAGGACAAGAAGAAAUAGAAACUGUUAUGUCCAAAAUAAAACAGUUAGCUAAAGAAUGUUCGGGACCUCCAAUUAAAGUUUGUCCUUUAUAUGCUGGUUUACCUGCGUCAAAGCAGUUGCAAGUUUGGAAGAAGAGUCCUCCAGGCACAAGAAAAAUUGUCUUAGCAACUAACAUAGCAGAGGCAUCUGUUACUAUUCCACAAAUAAAAUGUGUUAUAGAUACUGGAGUUGUGAAAGAAAGGACGUGGUGCACGAGCACGGGCGCAGAGCGCCUGACGGUGCGCGCGUGCUCGCAGGCGGCGGGCUGGCAGCGCGCGGGCCGGGCGGGCCGCACGGCCGCCGGCGCCGCCUACCGCCUCUACACCGCUGGAGACUUCGCGGCGCGCCCCGAACACAACGUGCCUGAGAUUGUCAGAUGUCCUUUGACGUCGUCGAUGUUGAUGUUAAUCGCGACGGAAAUGGAUCCCAGCACAUUCCCGUUAAUUGACGCGCCACCCAGGGAAUCCAUAGAAGCUUCACUACUUCUGUUAAAAGAAUUAGGUGCCAUAGAUAGUGAAGUAAACCCUAAAUUAACGCUUUUAGGAAAGAAAAUGACUGCGUUUCCGAUAGAUCCUAAAUAUGCAAAAGUACUUUUGUGUGCUCCGGAAUUCAACUGCUUAGAGGAGGCGCUGAGCCUGGUGGCAGUAAUGUCCAGCGAAAAUGUGUUUUACACGCCAUUACACAAAAGGGAAGAUGCCUUCAAAGUAAAACAAAAAUUUAUAUCGCCGCUAGGAGAUCAUAUCACGCUUCUGAACGUAUAUAAAGCUUUUUGUAAAGCCCCGUUUAAAAAGCAAUGGUGUAAAGAAAACUUUUUGAAUCAUAAGAAUCUCUCGUAUGCGUUUGAAGUGCGAUCUCAGCUUCUUUCAGUGUGCCAACGAUUGAAUUUACCUGUUACGAGUUGCGGAAGUGUCAUGGAUCAGUUGCUGAAGUGCCUCCUGAGCGGCCUGUUCACGAACUGCGCGUGGGCGCGCGCGGGCGCGGGCGCGGGCGCGGCGCGCUACGUGACGGGCGCGGGCGCGGCGGCGGCGCUGCACCCGGGCGGCGCGCUGGCCGCCGCGCGCCCGCCGCCCGCCGCCGUGCUGUACUCCGAGCUGCUGCACACGCGCCGCGCCUACCUCGUCACCGUGUCCGCCGUGCAGCCGCACUGGCUGCAGCAGGUCGCGCCCGACUACGCGCGCCGCUCCCGCAACCGGUGA